GAAAUAAACAGGUGUCACUUCGUCCAAACUGGUGUGUAUUUCAGCAGGGUUGAGGUGGGCCAGUUGGUUGCCGGGGAACCAAGUUUGCCGCUCAUGUUACUCAGAUCUCUGUGUCUUCUGUCUUUCUCUCUUUCCCUCUGUGUCCUAGCCAGGAGCCAUAUCUCUAUUUGCAACUAUCGGAUACCCUUUUGAGGACUCACCGAAGAUAUUUUUAUUUGAGAAUUUUUUGUUGAUACUAAUUCUUCUCCAAUCACCAAAGUUUCCAGCUAUCAGUUGCAGGUGUUGGUGCUCUGUUGGCUCUCAGGAUGCAGCAGCUGGUACUGAAGGUCCUCUGCUCCACACUGAUGCUUCUGGCAAUGAUGCCCUCUGUGUACUCACAGUCAGAUUGUUCUCAAGCCGAGUCAUGUGACCUGUGCGUUGGAGACUCCAUGCUCAACCUGACAGGCUGUGUCUGGAGGCUUUGUCCAGAUGGUAAUGACACAGGCAUGUGUAUGACUGAUGAGGGCAACUCAGCAGGCAUGAACUGUAGCUGGACUAGAGUGUCUGAAUUGUGCACAGUUGUAGAAACUGUAGCUGAGGGAGGAGGCGAAGGUGACUCAGGAGGUAACACCAACUCAGAGUUCUCCCAGGCCAAGUUUGACAUGUCCAGUUUCAUCGGAGGCAUCAUACUCGUGCUGUGCGUGCAGGCAGGCGGCUUCUUCGCCAUGCGCUUCCUCAAAUCCAAAGAGCAGAGCAACUAUGACCCUAUAGAGCAGCCACAGUGAAGACAAGAUGUAUGAAGGACAAACAGCAGACAGUGGAGGACAGCAGAGCAGUGACUCAUCAAGAUGUGACGACAAGAGUUUUUUUUCUGAGCCCCUGUCAUUUUUGGUUUGGUCCCCAUGUGUACCCCUGGGGGAUGGGUGUGUUUAUAAGAGGGCAUUUUUCUCAGAAUACUGCAUUGUGUAACGAGUGUGUGUUCAUGUGUUCACUGUGUUUGUAUAGUAUUUACAUUUCAGAGAUAUUUUGGCUGUUGGUAUUCAUACAAUCUAACAAAUGAGGAUUUUCUCAGCGAUUUGUCUUUAUGAUCAAACCCACCUUAAAUGUUCACCAACACUACGUGUUAAGUGUUUGUCCUCCUACAAACAACAAGCAACUAGCUGUAUCAAAUGAGCUGUUUCGACAGUGUAAAUAGUACAGUGUGGUUGUGGGAAAGGGUGAUAUAAUCUCAUGUAGACAGUAGGUCAGACAAGGUCAUAACAGGCAUUUUAAACUUUUUAUUUCAAGAACCCUAAAAUAGUCCAAAAUGAGACCCUGGAGAUUUUGUCCAUAAGAAUACUUCUGUGUUUUAUGUGGAGCUGCAUAACUUUCUUGUGUUUUAUUGAAACCAAAAUUUAAAUAUUUAUGUAUGUUAUAUAUUUAUUUGAUCUGUUAAGUUGCAGUGAAUUCUCAACAACUCCUUGAGGUCCCCACUUUUGGGAACAUAGAACGUCAGACAGAUAAUCUAACAUCUAAGGCCCAAUAGUAGUUUGUAAUGGUACCUUGGGCCUUUAAACUUUAUGACUACUUCCAAUAUGGCUUUAUCACCACUCCUCCGAUAUGUGUGUUUUUUGUUUUGACUUGUCAACAGCUCAGAGCCUUUUUUAUAAAUUCAUUUUCAUGGAGGAUUUUUGUUUUGACUGCUCAUAUUUAUAUUACAUACAUAUCAGCUUUAACUCUUUAAUAACAGUUUGAAGAUAUGUGUGUGACCCUGUUUACUCAUGCUUAUGCUGGUUAAGUUGAUCAAUAUGAAAUGUUAGAUUUUUUUGUGAUGCCAUUAGAAUGAAACAUGCUUAAAAAGGCUGGAAGCCUGAAUAAAGUACAGAUAAACACCUG